GCCUGCAAGAAUACCCACGGAUUGAACCCAGUCCCAAUCGCUAGGCCUCCGCCUCCGCCAAUUUAAAGACCCGUCCCAUCUUCGCCUUCCGCCAUUCUCCCUCUCUUGCCUUCUCCUUCCCCACGCGAUCCAUAUCUCCCUCGCUGGCCCUUCUUCUUCCUCCACGGGGGAAAGCCGAACCACCUUGACAUCGAUCGACGCGGCCAAACCCUAGAAGCCGCCCGACGCAGCGGCAGCCACACCGUGUCCCCUUCCGUCGGUGGGACCGUUUUAGGGUUCUAUUUUGAGGCUCGGUGCGUACCACCCAUGGCCACCGAAGACGGUGGUGGGAUGGCCGAAGGUUUUGAGGCUUCAGUUGAGGGACGGGAUGCCCUGCCCGAAAUCGGUGUUGCGGUGGCCAGAGAUUCCCUUAGAGCUAUCGAGCUGUUGAAGGAUCUAGGUUCCAAAGUGUCAGAAGAGUUAACUGUUCUGAUGCCAAACCUGUUGACAACUUUGAGACAUCCAGAUUUGUUUGUUGUUAAACAGUCAAUUUCUAGUGGGACGGCUUUGUUUGGUGCUGUUUUAGAAGAAAUUGCACUCCAGUUGCAUGGUUCUGGUAAAAUUGAGCAUUGGCUUGAAGAGCUAUGGUCUUGGAUGGUCAGAUUCAAGGACUCAGUCUCUGCAAUUUUGAUGGAGCCUGGAUCUAUUGGAAUCAAGAUGCCUGCUCUAAAAUUUAUAGAAGCUUGUAUUUUGUAUUUUACACCUUGUGAGGAUAAUGGAGUAUCUUCUACUGAAGGAAAAUUCAUGAGAUUUAAUGUUUCACAUUUGUCAAGCAAUAAUUCAAUUCUCAAUCCAGCUGUUCUGGAAACUGAAGCAGAUAGAGCUCUUGACUUUCUUCUUGAUGUUUUGCUGUCGGCUAAUACCUUCUGUGGUUCUUUUGUCAUUGCUGUAAUUAACAUUCUUGCAACAAUUGUAAAGAGAAGACCUCUUCGAUACAAAGUUAUUCUUUCUGCUUUGAUUUCUUUGAAUCCUAAUUUUGAAUCCCAAAAAGGAGGUCAUGCUUCAAGUAUACGAUACUCUCUGAGGACUGCUUUUGUAGGAUUUCUACGGUGCAAUCACCCAUUUUUCACCGAGUCAAAAGAGAAGAUAAUCAGAGCACUGCAUGCAAUAAUCCCGGGUGAAUCAGUUGAUCAAAUUGUACGUCAAGUUGAGCGAAUGUCGAGAACUAUGGACCGUGUAUCCCAUGAAAUUCGAUCCAAUAAGGGAGAGUCACCAGCUGUUCAAGAUUUCCAAAUUGGGGAUCAGAUUAGGAGCAAGAUAUCACGACUCCCUAGUGAUGCUCCUUUUGAGGAGUUGCCUUCUAAGAGAAUACGAUUUGAGGUACCAUCAAACAUGGCACAUUCUACACAAAUGACAUCUGCUUUGCCAGAUGAUAAUGAUGAUGGAAAUGGUGAUUAUUCAUCAAGCACUUCUCUAGUGGAUGGUGACUCAUCAGCUGCUGCAAAGAUGAUUUCAAUGAUUGGUGCUCUCCUGGCUGAGGGGAAAAGAGGGGCUGAAUCUCUUGAGCUUCUUGUCUCUAAUAUUCAUGCUGACCUUAUGGCCGAUAUAGUUAUAGAAACUAUGAAGCAUCUACCUAAGAACUUAAUGGUAGUAUCGGUCUGGCACAAUAAUGCACCAUUAAAUGAAGAGAUUCCCUCUUCCAGUUUUUCUUCACAGGUCGUGCCAACCACAACAAGUGUUUCUGUGCCAAUUCCUUCAUUAUCUCCUGAAUUGGCAUCCAAUGCUGUUGGGGCAAAUGGAGUUGGCACUCCUGAUACGUCUCCGGUAUCUAACCUUGCUGCUGAAGUUAGGAGGGAUCCCAGGAGGGAUCCUCGUCGUCUUGAUCCACGUCGGCCAGGGCCAGUUGGAAGUCUACACUCUGCACCCUUAAACUCAGAGAGUAGUAGUGAUGUGCAGCCUGGGCCAUCUCAGGACUCUAGUAAAGCUGUUCCUACUGCAGAAGCCAUCAUUGCUGAACAAUCUUCUAUGCCAUUGGCUUCUAAAACUGAGGUGGAGCCUUCUGAAAUACCGGAUACUAAGGGAAUGGGCAAAAUGCAAUCAUUAGAAACUUCAGAGGAUCAGGACAUGGCUUUGGAGCAAACCUCAGAUGUCCAUACCCCAGCUAGCUCAACUAGUGAACAAGCUGUUGAAGAACAGCUGGCAGCAUCUACGCCAUCAGAUGUUACUGCUAAUGAUGAUGUUAAUCUGCCAGAAUCCGAUGAAUUUGUAUCUGCUGAUAUUAACUCAUUGGGUCCUGAAGAGAAUUUUCAUAAUUUGAUUGCACAUCCACCUCUAUUUGAAUUGAUAGAUGAACAGAAAACCAAUCUGCACAGGUUGGCAGUUACACGGAUUAUUGAAGAUUAUAAGAAAAUCCAUGUCACAGGAUCUAGUCAAGCAUGCCUUCCAUUGCUUGCUCGUCUGAUUGCACAUACUGGGGUUGAUGAGGACAUUCUUAAGUUUUUAGAAGAACAUAUUGUAUUGGAUUAUCCUCAUCAUAAGGGGCAUGAGCUUGCAAUGCAUGUCCUUUAUUACCUGCAAGCAAUAGUAAUUUCCAAGGCAGACAAUUGUUCCUCAGCAGCAAGUAGUUAUGAGAAAUUUCUUCUGGGAAUUGCAAAGGCAUUGUUGGAUUCCUUGCCAGCUACAGAUAAGUCCUUCAGUAAACUGCUUGUUGAAGCUCCAAUACUGCCCGAUUCUUCAUUGAAAUUGUUGGAGGGGUUGUGCCAUUCAAAUUGUAAUGAGCACCGUUUGGAGGAAACACUUGAUGGUGAUCGUGUCACUCAAGGUCUUGUUGCAACAUGGAGUUUAAUUUUGGGACGCCCUUCUUAUAGAGAAGCUUGCUUGGAUAUUGCCCUGAAGUGUGCCGUUCAUCCUCAAGAAGAAGUUAGAGCCAAAGCUAUUCGAUUGGUUGCAAACAAGCUUUAUCUGCUGAACUAUGCUUCAGAUAGUAUUGAACAGUUUGCUAUGCGAAUGCUACUGUUUGUCGUUGAGCAGCAAAAUUUUGAGGAGGAUAUCAAUGCUCAAAACUCUAGUGACCAACAAACAGAAGACACACUUGUUGGUGGCCCCAGGCCUUCAGAGCCUGCUUCUUCUGAGAGUGAAAAUAAUAAGGAUAACCAAGCUUCUGAAAUGAAGGUUCCAGCAUUAUCUUUGUCACAAGCACAACAGAAAACAUCCUUAUUCUUUGCUCUUUGCUCAAAGAAACCAAGUCUUCUCCAAUUUGUAUUCGACAUUUAUGGGAGGGCUCCAAAGGCUGUCAAGCAGUCUAUUCAUCAACACAUUCCAUUCAUUGUAAAGAAUCUUAGUACAUAUUCUGAGCUAUUGAAAUUAAUAUCUGAUCCAUCAGAAGGAAGUAAAAAUCUAAUAGUUCUGGUCUUGGAAACUCUGACUGAAGAGGCAACACCUUCAUCUGAGUUAAUUGCUGCAGUCAAACAUCUUUAUGAGACUAAACUGAAGGAUGCGGUCAUUCUCAUUCCAAUGCUGUCUUCUUUUUCAAAGGAUGAGGUGCUGCCUAUUUUUCCACGUCUAGUUGAUCUUCCCUUGGAGAAAUUUCAAGCUGCAUUAGCUCGCAUUUUGCAGGGAUCUGCACAUACUGGUCCUGCAUUAACCCCUGCCGAAGUAUUGAUCGCAAUUCAUAAUAUUAACCCUCAGAGAGAUGGUGUUGCGCUUAAGAAGAUAACGGAUGCUUGCACAGCAUGUUUUGAGCAGCGUAUAGUUUUCACUCAGCAUGUUAUAGCAAAAUCAUUGAACCAUUUGGUUGAGCAAGUGCCCCUACCUCUUCUUUUCAUGAGAACUGUUAUUCAAGCAAUUGAUGCUUUUCCACCUCUGGUUGAUUUUGUUAUGAGUAUACUUUCAAAGCUAGUGACACAGCAGAUAUGGAAGAUGCCAAAAUUAUGGGUGGGAUUUCUGAAAUGUGCUGCACAGACACAACCACGUUCUUUUAAUGUUCUACUUCAGUUGCCAUCACCCCACCUUGAGAGUGCUUUAAAUCGGCAUCCUCAAUUACGAACUCCACUUUCUGCAUAUGCCAAUCAACCAAACUUGAGGACCUCAUUACCGAGGCAAACCCUUAAGUUGCUGGGUCUUCUUGAUGAAACACAAGAUGAUACAAGGUCAUCUGUUCCCACAACAUUACAGGCUCCUGAAACAAAAUCUUCCAUUCAUGUGGCCUCCAACUCUUGACCCAGUAUGUUGCCGGAGAGAGAAACAAGCAUGCAAAGAAAUACGCCUAGCAAUCAGAAUGUACAUUUGGGGGCAAGGAACAAUAUACAAUAGUACCUAGUUCACUCACCAAUACAAGAUUCUCCAGUUUCAAUAGAGAUAUAACAGUCUGAAGUUGUAGAUGAAUCAUAGCUGUAUUCUAAUGCCAAAAAUUUGUUGUUCAUCCUGAUUUCCACUUUGUCCUUCAGGCGUAUGUUGCUGGUUAGUUCAGAUGCCCCAAAGUCCUCUGCCUCUUUCGGUCCAUACAUUUUUUUUUAUCCAUUUUCUUGUUCUUCAAUGCAACCCAUAUUGUUGCAUUGCAUGUUGUAUAUUGUAAUUUAUGGUGGUUCUUUUUUAGCGAGUUAGUUGAGAAGAGAGCUUGUUUUUUAGUCCUUAUCUUUUGUUGCAUGGUCAACGGGACAGUCACUUUGUUGUUCAUUAUUAAUUUUUAGGUAAUUAUAAAAUACUCAAGGUUUAGCAAA